UAAAUUAUUGUUAUAAUACGUUAUACUAUAUAAUAAUAUAAAAAUAAACUAAAAUACCAAUUAUCCAGGAUUAUUUAUUCUUAUAGUUGUUAUUAAAUCAUAUAUCAUUGUGGAUGUGUUUAGAUUAUAAUUUAAUCACAAUAAUCCAAGUGGGUUUCCAACUGCUUUAUUGUGUUCUGCCUUUCUUUUUAGUGUCACUGUUUUUAUUGUUUUUAAUAACCAAUAUAAAAUUACAAAAUAAAUACACGAGUACAUAUACACACUGGCCAAUGACGAGAAUUGUUUUGCAUAAUAAAUAAUAAUGUUGAUUUUUUUGUACCUAUCUAAGCGUUUAUUGGAAUUUUGAAUAAUCGUAUGACUGUUAUCCGUAUCCCAACUGAAUAUUUUGUGAUUUUGUAGCGGAAGAAUAAUACUUUUUAAUUACUAAGGUUAUUACCAUUCAUUAUGACGAAAAAAAAAAAAGAAGACUAUACACUUAAGUAUAAAUGGUUAGAAAAUGAUUUGUCAAAAUCAUCAAUGGUGACAUCUGUAAGUUGUUUUGACGACUAUAGACGUAUUCCACUUUAUCCCACAUUAGAAGAUAUAACCAAUGGACCACCAAUAUUAUAUGCAAAUUAUGUUGAUCGUCCAUAUAAAAAUUGUGAUGAAUACUUAAAUAACUUUUUCCGUCUUAUGCGAGAAGAUUUUGUUUCAGUUAUUAGAGAUACUUUAAAAACUAUAAAUGCUAAUAAAAGUGUACUCGAACGAGGAAUGGACAGAUUAUGGUACUAUAGUAAUGUUAAAAUUGAAAAGAAAAGAACUUCAUCUGUAGCAAUGUAUUUGCAAUUUGAUACACCUAAUAAAGCUAAGGAUUUUAACUAUGAAGAUAGUAAACGAUUUAAAAAUGGUGCUUUGUUGUUGCUUUCAAAAGAUUUAUUUAAUACAUUCAGUUUAGGAAUUGUAACUGAUACGUUUAAGUUAAAUAAAGGGAUAGUUGGUGUCGAUGUUGUUGAUUUUGAAGAAGUAAAUAAAUGGAGCUCAAUCGAUUUACUAGAGCCAGAUGUUUUUUAUGAACCUUAUAGAUAUGUUUUGGGAGUAUUUCAAGACUUGUGUGAAACAAAUUUUCCAAUGAAGAAUUAUAUUAUUCAUGGUAUUAAAGAAAUUUCAUAUCCUAGUUAUUUAACAGGAAAUUCUGUUUAUACUAUUAAUGGGAUUACAUUUGAUAUUCUUCAAAAUGACCAAUGGCCGUCAGCUGAAAUACUUAACAUGGAUAUCAAUCAAUAUGAAGCAUUUAAAGGGGCCUUAACUAAAGAAUUUACUAUGAUUCAAGGACCACCCGGCACUGGUAAGACUUACAUUGGAUUAGAAAUUGUAAAGGUUAUUAUUGAAAAUAUGUAUGAUACAAAUAAACUCAAUCAUCCUAUUAUGGUUGUAUGUAUGACAAAUCAUGCCUUAGAUCAAUUUCUUGAGGGUAUAUGGAAAAUAACAAGAAAUAUUUCAAGAUUUGGGCGUGGUACUAAAAGUGAUAUUUUAGUGAACUAUAUUCCAACAAUGAGUGUUGCUCGCAAGGAUGAAUGUGCCGACAUAUAUGUAGACGCCAGACGAGACAUAAAAGCUUCAAUACAAAACGAAAAUCAGCAUCUGCUUAAUAUUAAAGAAGUUGAUCGCAAUGAAGGUGUAGUUGAUUUGUCUUUACUUAUGCAAGUGCUUAACGAAAAUGGUUUUAAUACAUGGUUUCAAGAUUCAUAUGAUUUACUUGCAUGGUUAUUACAUGGCAUUUCAUCCGUGAAUGGUAUAAAUCCUAUACAUUUUUUAAAAAAAGAUGAGCUACUUGCUACUCGAUUCUCAAAACUAGAUAAAAAUAAAACUAAUAAAAAAGUAUAUUGCAUAACUUUGAAGAGUAUAAAACUGUAUUGUACCCAAAUUCAAUGUCAACUAAAUAAUACAAGUCGUAAUCUAAAAGAUGAUGAUUCUAAAAAAAAAGAUUUAGAAAAUGCAUUAAAAAUAAUGAGAACCAUAGAAGAUUACAUAGCCAAACAUUUAAAAUUGUAUAAAUCUGGAUCUUCUGAAAAAUUUAAAAAUCAGAAUAACCGUGACUUAUUACAAAAAAGAGAUCGAUGGUUAUUGUAUUAUAAUUGGAUUCGUUUAUAUAUAACAAAAGAGUAUAAUAAUAUUGAAAAUAUAAAAAGUACUACUCGUCAAUGUAGACGAGAUAUGAACAAGUUUAAGUCAAUUGGAUAUUUGAAACCAGUUCAAAAUAAGUAUGUGAUUGGUAUGACAACAACUGCUGCUGCUAAAAAUAGAUAUUUGCUUAAAAAUCUUAAAUGUCCAAUUGUUAUAAUUGAAGAAGCAGCAGAGGUUUUAGAACCUCACAUUGUGGCAUCAUUGUCAGAAUAUUGUGAACAUCUUAUUCUCAUUGGUGAUCAUAAACAACUGCGUCCUCAAACAGCUAAUCAUAUCAUAGGAAAAAAAUAUCGACUUGACAUUUCAUUGUUUGAACGUAUGGUAAAUAAUAAAAUUCCAUCAUAUGUAUUAGCAGAACAACAUCGCAUGCGACCAGAAAUUGCAGGUUUAGUUGCACCAGUUAUUUAUCCACAUUUAAGAAAUCAUACAUCUGUUAUGGAACGACCAAAUGUUAAAGGAGUUGGCAUGAAUGUAUUUUGCAUGACUCACAAUGUUCAUGAAGAAAAAAAUUAUGAGUUAUCCAGUUUCGUUAAUAGUACUGAAGCAAAGUAUUUGGUUGCAUUGGCAAAUUAUCUAUUAAAGCAAGGAUAUUAUCCAGAAGAUAUUACUAUUAUGGCAAUGUAUAAUGCUCAAGUUGUAUACAUUUCUAAUUUGAUUAAAUCACCACCUUUUGAACAUUUGGCAGACAUUAGAGUUUCUUCAGUGGAUGGUUAUCAAGGCGAAGAAAAUGAAAUUGUUUUAUUGUCAUUGGUGCGUAGUAAUAAUAAUUACAGUAUUGGAUUUUUGAAGACCAACAAUAGAGUAUGUGUUGCCUUAUCUAGAGCUAGAUUGGGUUUUUAUAUUGCUGGUGAUUUGAAAUUACUUGCUAAAGCCAGUAAAUUGUGGAGUAGUGUUAAAAAAUACUUAAGUAAUAUGAAUGCAUUAGGCCCAACGUUAUUGUUGAAGUGUCAAAUUCAUAACAAAUGUUUAGGAAGUGUAUCAAAUCAUUUAGAUUUUCAAAGGUUUACUGCAUGUCAAUUAAAAUGUAAUGUUAAACUUUCUUGUGGCCAUUUAUGUAAGAAAUUAUGUCAUGUUGAAGAUAGGGACCAUUUAAUGGUUAAGUGUUCAAAUGUCUGUAAUAGGAAAUGCUCUAGAGAUCAUAAAUGUCUUAAAAUGUGUUAUGAAGACUGUUCAUGCCAAGUGUUGAUUAAUCAAAUUAGUGAUUGUGGCCAUAUUGUUCAAGGAAAGUGCUGUGAUAUAGAAAAUAUGAAAUGCAAUAUGAAGGUAAAAAAAACAUUAAGUUGUGGGCAUACACUCGAGAAAAAUUGCUUUGAACAAUUUAAUUGCAACCAAAUAUGUAAAAAACCCAACUUAAAUUGUUUAUUUAGGCAUUUAUGCAAAAAACCAUGUGGUGUAAAUUGUGGUUCAUGUACACAUUUGAUUCCUAUAAUAAUGAAAUGUGGACAUAUUUCAGAAUUCUCUUGUUCUCAAGAACCAGACACAGUAGAAUGUUUAGAAUGCAAGGGUUAUCAGAAACCUUUUAUGUCAAGGAAUGAUGUAAACAGAUUAGUUCCUGGAAAAAAUAAUUCAGGCAUUAAGGUCCUGUAAGAAUAUUUGAAUAAGUACAUUUUAAUGUAUAAACAAGGUCCAACAUAAAUGUGAUUGAAACCAAACAGUUUUUGUUGAUUGAUAUAUAUUUUAAUCAAAUAAUCAAAUUGUAUAAAAAUUAUGUUUAAAGAUUGUUAUUUUGUAAUUUUAUUUUAUAACACACCUUUGUGUUUUAUACAAGUUUUGUGACUACUAUUUUAAUUUAUAUUAUAUUUGAACCGUUUAAAUAAUGUUUUAUUGUUUUAAUUUUAUUAUUUUUAUGUUAAGAAAGAUGAUAUUAAUUUAAAUAAAGGUUUUGUCAAUCAUUACAAAUAAA